UAUCAUACAUUCUUUCCACGCUUCGUCGAUAGCUUUUCAGUCAUGAUAGAGGUAUUCGGACCCCUCAAGGGGUUGCUCAAACUCGGAUCCAUCGCUUCCACAAAAAUCGACAAUGCGGUGUUCCAGCUCCAUUACAAAGUGACCGCCCCCAUUCUCAUCGUUUUCAGCCUGCUCGUGACCAGCAAACAGCACAUCGGGGACCCCAUCGAAUGCAUCUCCAAGGAUGACAUCCCCGAAAAGGUUUUGAACACCUACUGCUGGAUCCAUGCCACCUUCAGCGUUGAAAACGCCUGGGAGAAGGAAAUUGGCAAGGAGAUCGCUUAUCCCGGCGUCGAUAAGUACAAAGAAGGAGAUUCCAGGGUCUUCCACGCCUACUAUCAGUGGGUCUGCUUCGUGCUAUUCCUGCAGGCUUUGCUCUUCUGCAUCCCGAGAUACUUCUGGAAAUGCAUGGAAAAAGGUAAAAUCAAGUCCUUGGUGAUGGACCUCCACAAUCCCGUGCUGGACAUGGAGGCGAAGAGUUCCAAAAUCAAUACUUUGGUUGACUACAUGGUAAGAAAUCUCAACAACAACGACAACUACUCCACUCUGUACAUGAUGAGCGAAGCGUUCAACGUCAUCAACGUCAUCGGACAAAUGUACCUCAUGGAUACUUUCUUGGGUGGAGAGUUCUCAUCGUAUGGCGCACAGGUCAUCAAAUUUACAGAAUGGGACUUUUCACUGCGCUACGACCCGAUGAUUCGAGUAUUUCCACGUCUCGCAAAAUGUACAUUUCACAGAUACGGUUCUUCGGGUGACGUGCAGAGGCACGACGCCAUGUGCAUCCUGCCCAUCAACAUCGUAAACGAGAAGAUCUACGUCUUCAUCUGGUUCUGGUUCGUGGGUCUGGCCGUGGUAUCCUGCAUUGCCCUCGCCUAUCGGGUGGCCACCUUCUUCUGCUACGACCUGCGGGUCAGGCUGCUCAGGUUCCGAGGCAGCCUGGUGCGCGAGGAGCCGCUAGAGGUCGUAGCCAGGAAGACCAAAGUUGGCGAUUGGUUCGUGUUGUACCUUCUGUCCAAAAACAUGCAUUCGCUCCACUUCAGAGAUUUCAUGGUGGAGUUUGCCAGGAGGUUGGACGGAAAAGGUCAUCAUAACGACAUCAGCGAAGCUUAAUGCAAUUAGGGUUCUUGAGGAUGCUGAUCCAAUUAUCUAUUUCGCGAGAACUGACAGUCGAAGUAGACAGUGAAAGGUGCUUUUUCGUUGCCGAUUUUAGCCACAUUCAUGGUUUUCGCACUGAGUGGGCUUCUCUAUUAGUAUAAAACGAGUAGGUUAUGUAGUAGGUACUGUCUGAACAAGCUUGCCAUGGAACUAGCAAGUGCUCAGUUAAGACGACUCUAUCUGAAUUGCGGGGUAAAAGAAACGUUAGAUGCGCGUGUUUUGUUCACUUCAAUGCGACUCUUCUUACGUUAGAGGCUAUCACAAAGCUGUAAAGGCAACCCAAUAUCUACUUCCGUUUCGGCUUGUAAAUCAGAUGUUUGCCUCUUCAUCUCAUCGGUGACCAAUCAGUAGACCUUUUUCUUUUUUGCUUGUUUGUUACUUUAAAUGUGAUUGUGCUAUAGCUACUGCUGCCAAUGACAUGAUAUUUAUACAGAAGGAAAUCUUUCUUUUUUCAGAGGACAGAAGCAGUUUCUUAAAGCUACAUAUUUUCGAUAUGGGUUUAGAAAUAAAUUUCCAAAGGCAAAAACAGUUGUUUGCCACAUCAAUAAAGAGGGCGCUACGUCAAGUAGACAAGGAAAUUGCCUAGAAUCACGUUGCUUUGUUUACUUUUGCUAUCAGUUCUCGUUAAAUAGGACAUAGUUUUUUAGGAGAUAUGAAACUGCCAAUAACUUUAAGAAAUGAGUGGUUACGUUUGAAAAGUACAAACUCUAAACGAGAAUGCUAUGAAGGAAAAAAACGCGCUAAAGUGUUUUGGAGUUGCAGAGAAUUCCUUUUUUAACGUAAAAUAAUGUAAGUUAAUGUAAAUUUACAAACACCGUACAGAAAACAUGCAUUCGAUUUUCUAUUCAUCAGUAGUAUUUCAUCGUUUUGCAUUACAAAAUGAGCUCUUUGUAAUUUUAAAACACGUGUAUGCAUGUUUUAAUGCUUUUUUGCAUUGUUAUCUAUACUUUUUAUCGGUAGCUAUCUAUUAAAUCGAUUGUUUUUGACUAUCGUUUUCAUCGAUAGCUAUUUUUUCUGUUGAGAGAAGCACCGAAUUUAAAACUAUGACUAUUUUUAUUUGAAAUUGGCAGUUUUGAUCUUUUAAAAUGUAUUUUUUAUGUCUUCUGCAUCGAAGAAUUAAACCUUUAAGAAUUAACUCCCAUUUUUCAAAUUCUCAAUUUAUUGCGGAGGAUUUCAUUAUCUUCGUGGAUAUUUCCAGCGUUGCUUUGUUGCUUUGUUUUCAGUAGAUUUGCAUUUGUGAAAUUCGAAAAAAAAAAAAAAAACGCGACUAUUUUGAAUUUUUCAUUCAUUUGAAAUUAUAUUAGACAUUUAAUAUCAAAUUCACAGAAAAAUAUUCACUAAAAAUAUUAUUACUUAAAAAAAAUUUAAAAAAUCUUCAGAAAAAUGAAUAAAAUAUACUUUGCAAUAUCCUAUUUAAAAUGUCAUUUCAAAACACUUGCUGUAAUGAUGGUGUGAUUAUGUUUAUUUUUAUCGUCGUAUUUUUCUUAUUCUUCUCAACGCUAAGUUGGAAUUAUUUUUAUUUUAUUAUUAUUCAUUUUUUUACUUUUAAAGAGUUAUGAACAACCUAUGAAUGACAACAUAUCGUACUCAUUUUUGAAUGAGUCUUUUGAGCAAUAAGUAUUCCCUUUCAGUGUAUGAAAGAUUAUACUUUUAGCUAAGAAAAAUAAAUGAGGACCAGAGAAAUAUUUUCGAUUGUGUUUCGAUUAUAAACUGGACCAGCAUGUCGACAGCAAACUUUUGUGAAAUUUAUUGUCAAGAACUUUUCAGUAAAGUUCACUGCAAUGUUAUGAUUACUAUUUUUAAUUACAAUAUUUUUAUGUAUGCAAUUAAUUUGAGAUAAGGAUAGACUAAGUUCUAAUGUUAAAUGUAAUUUUUAGAAAGUCAUUCACAACACGGCUAUUAUUAUUUAAAAUGUAUGUUUGAUUAAGUGCAUUUAACGUUCACUUUAUAGUAUAAUGUUUCUGCAUAACUAUUUAACUUCGAUGAUACAUCUCUCACGUAUUGAAGUAAAUACAUAUAUAUUGUAUACAUUGACAACUUCAGAGUCAUUUGCGUCAAAUGGACACGGAGAAUUGCAUAUAUGCGUUUUGUAGUUACAAGAAUCUUUUACCUGCUGUAGUUUCGAGUUAUUUCUGUGGAAUAACGUUGAAUUUGUCAGUUUAUACAAGUAUAUCUUUGAAACUUCAUUACAAUACAAAAUGGCAGUAAAUAGUCUUCAAAGACUGAAAAAAAUAUUCAAAAAAAAAAAAAAAAAACCCAAUUGCUCAAUCUUGUUUAAAUUAUUUUACUUUUACUGUAGAUUGUUUAGUUAGAAAAUAAAUGUAAAAAUGUGUCUGUGCCAAACGUAUUUCCAUUUAUUUCACUAACCUUACUUUAUAUAUGCAUGAAAAAAUCGUUCCGAAUUAAUUUUUUGUAUUUUUUAGAACCGUGAAUUUGAUUCAUUUAACCUCACUGAAACACAAGGAAAUCACGCCUAAGAAGUAAUCUUUUUUUUCAUCAAUAACUAUUACAGUUCAGUCAUCGAAAAAAAAAACUUUUUUGCCUUGAAAAUCCUUAACUUAUGCUGUGUUUGAAGAAUAUACAUGUUUUUGAAGCCAAGACUGUGUUCUAUGUCUUCUCCGAAAUUUGUGAUUAAGUUUGGAAUAAAAUGUUGACAUUAAAAAAAUAUUUGUAUUUGAAUUGAUGUGCUAAAGUUUUUAUUGCAGAGAUAAGUGACAAAUGCCUUAGAUG